AUGAGCCAAGCGGGAGUGAAUCAAUUGGGCGGUGUCUUUGUUAACGGGAGACCAUUGCCCGACUGUGUUCGACAAAGGAUCGUGCAACUCGCAUUGGUCGGCGUCAGGCCUUGCGAUAUCUCGCGACAGCUUCUCGUUUCCCAUGGUUGUGUCUCGAAAAUCCUGACAAGAUUCUACGAAACGGGAAGCAUCCGGCCGGGAAGCAUCGGAGGCAGCAAAACAAAGCAAGUGGCCACACCCACAGUUGUUAAAAAGAUUCUACGAAUGAAGCAGGAACAGCCGACGAUGUUCGCCUGGGAGAUCCGUGAGCAGCUGGCCCGGCAAGGAGCCUGCGAUCCCCAAAGCUUGCCCUCCGUGUCCUCCGUGAAUCGGAUCCUCCGUGGCGGAGGGCUUCACACUGACCACGCGGCCAUCGAGAACGGUUCGACCAGCCCCUACGCUUCGCAAGUCUCAACGAACACAGCCAACAGAGACGCGCUAAUGAGAACGGACUACCAACUGUUCUAUCCGGGGGCGUUGGGACCCCUGCACAUUUCUACGACUUCCGGUAACACCAGCGCGCCAUCUUGGAACCCGAGCUUCUACUCGUCCCUGUACCAAGCGACCACGCUGCACUUGCAUCACGGAAUGCAAUCCUUCACAUCGUUGGACGUGGAGCGUCUGUCGGAGCAGAAUGGCGGCACGAGUCAGGUGGAGCUGAAGUCCAGCUCCAGCUCGAUGACGGGCAGCGACGAUUCCCUGGACAAGAGCGAUCUCGACGAGAACACGGAGUCCCAGGACCACUACAAGCCGUUCCAGAACUCGCCGACCAUUCUGGAGCUGGGCCAGAAGAUCGGGAGCGACCGCAGCGCGUUCGUCAGACAUAGCACUUCCGGCUCGUCCGGCAGCUUGGAGAACGAGCAGAGUCCGCCGCCGAACGGCGCCGAGAACUUGAAGACGACGCCCUCGCCGAGGAUCGCGGAGACCGGAAACGAGCAGAACUCGAUGGCCAAAGAAGCGGCGGCCGAGCCAAGGCCGGCGCAACCUCAGCGGAAGAGGAACCCGUACUCGAUAGAGGAGCUGCUGAAGAAGGACGAGACCAAGAGCGGCUCGAAGAGGCCGAAGCUGACGAACAUCGGGGUGGUGCAACCCUGCGGAGUCGUCCUCAGCAAAGAGAUCUGAAGGGCCAGCGACGCGGACCGACCGGAAGUACUGUAAUAGUCUAGCGACAGAGGCUAAGUCGAUUAUCCAGUUUCGGACGAGUCUUCGGGGAUGUCGCGUGGGAACUCUUCGUGGACGGGGUAGUUAUCGAGCGCGAGAAACGGAGGAUGUAUUAGAUUGAGCGAACAGUUCGGAUAUUACUGACGUGUACUUCACUCGCGAAGGAAGUAACUGGACGGCUGAGAAGCCGAUCAGCGUUAAGUCCGUUAAUCUUAAAAUUUAGAUGAACGAGGAGUUUGAAAAUUAACUGGAAAGAAGAUAACAAUGCCAUUGAUAAUGCAAAGUAGAAUUUCUAUUAUAAGAUGGCAUAGAAAAGAGCACUUGACAAGAACAGAAACGAAAGAGAUAUGUGUACGUUUUCUUUAGAAAGAGAACAAAUCCCUCGGAACAAUUUUGUUCAGUCGUUCCGUGGUCGAUGCACACACACACAGGUGCUGCUAUCUAUUGUUUAUUUAUAAGGAAAUCGACUGUAUUGAUUCAUCGACCGAGAGAUGCUAUGAUAAAGAUGUGUCUGCAUUGCGUAACUCGUAUUCAAAGAGAAGCGAACUCACACUGAUUGACUUCUGAACCGAUCCACUAUUUCUAAAGGCAGCAAUUAAACGAUGCUAUAAUUUGUUUUGUCUUUUUUUUGAACUAGGAGACCUAACUCCUGUUGCUACUGAACAAAUAGAAACUAAGAAUAGACUGUGAGUUUUCGUGCAAAAUAGAGAUUUUCUGUUUCAACCGCAAGUAGCCAGAUGUACAUUAUUUAUGCAAAAUCCGCAGGCUAGUAUAAUUUGCAACGAGACGGUCAUUUCAGUUGGACUUUGUUGGAACUCGCAGUAAUGUGAUCGAAUCCAGAACGGAUAGAAAAAGAAGCGAACGAACUUGCUACUCAAUCUAGUAUAAUUCCGCGAGCCGGCAGAGGGAAAAGGCACGACGCAGAUUUGUAUUUGAUGCAUACCGUUCGAUAGUUCAUUGCAUAAUUUAAUUAUAAUUUUCUAUCCUGUGACUUCCGCUGCUUUGGUUACGUCGCUCGCGUAGCGACAUCAUCGUGUACAAACCGAAAGAAAUGUUGUAGAACAGAGUAGCGAAAAAUUCGUGCAUCAAGGGACUAAUAAUCGUAAAGCGAGCAGUUUUGUAGUGGGGUGUGUUAAUGAAAUCCAAAGAAAAAUAUUUAACGUCGGUUUCACAGUGAUUUUUCAACAGUCCGGGCACAGCAAUUUCUUUGUUACUUCGUUCGAAAUUCCUCCGCUGUGUUCAUUGAAAUUUCUUCCACCGUUCGUUUAUUACAAACAACAUGAAGGUAUCGAACAUAAGAGUCAAAUAUAAAUUGACAUCGAGAAUGCUGGCAGCGCGUUCCCGCAUUUGGUGUCUUCGAUCGUUUAAGUUCGACGGAAGGAGUAUUUGGUCCUCGCGCGACAAGAACGCACCUCUGUGUUCACAUUCCCCCUCCAGCCAACCGCGGCGUUGGGGCAGCUAGCGAGAGGGGGAAUAUGUAAACACGAAGGUGCCUUCCUGUCGCGCGAGGACUAUACUCGAGAGAGAGAGCCUAAUUUAUUUAAAAGUAUUUUCAAUCUACCGCAAAUCUUCUGCUUGUUUCUGUUAAACUAGAAUUCUACGAUUUCGUUUGUUCUUCACGAUGAAUCGAAAUUCAUAUCCGAAGGAGUUUAAGGUUGCGUUCUUGACGACUGCAGGCCCCGAAACGAUCAACGCGAAGCGAAGAACGUGACAUUUUAACGUAGAAGUGUAGCAUAAUUUACCAAAAAUACAGGAGAACGUAACGGUUCCGUAAUUUAUAAGGUCACUUUACAACCGAAACUAUAAUUAGUAACGGCUCUGUCGAUGUCCGAGAAACUCGGGAAGAGGGGCGCGAUCGCCGCCAUCUUGGCGUGAACGUGUGCGGAAAACGCAUCGAUUUAGGCGGGACGAUCGGGCGCCGAUCGUCGAACAAUACAUAUUCGACUGUAAUAUUGUAGGUUACACUCGUAAGUCUGUUAAGCUAAUUUAUGAUUAAAUUAUUACGUUUGUUUCUCGAUAUUCGUCGACGCUCUGUCAUUGACGCGAGAAGUCAUCAAACAACGUGUAUCCAUAACCGACACGACACGAUGAUGUACGAUAAAGCGUAUCGAUAACGUAGAUAUUUUGCGAGUCUAUCAGACGGUUUCCGGAUCAUAUAAGAUUUUCCCUGCGUUGUAUAUUCAACCUUUUUUUUCCGUGUGCUGUAUGCUGUAUCAUUUCGUUUUGCGAAACGGAACGACGCCAUAUUAUUCUAUUUAAUUGUACGAUAUUUAAUUUCGUUAAGUCAACGGAACAUUGACGCUCUAAUAAAGUAAAACGACUCUAAGCAAUCCCGGCGGAACGCUCUCAUUUUAUUUAUUUAUUCUUCUUACGCGGUUUGAAACGAACAAUGGUAAUUCGAGAAUGAAUCCGAGCUUGAGUGCCAUAUUUUCGUUCUUGCCGGAACGGUUAGGAAAUCUGAUCCAUCGCAAUCGCCAGAUGAUCAUGAAAUCGUUGCUCUCCGAUUGAACUUUUCCUUCCGACAAUUUCGAAGCGUUAUUUAACAGUGUCGAACGUACGAACUGCACAUGUACAUGGCGAAACUAUUUCUCUUUGGCGCAACAAUCGUCGUGCAUUCAAGCUGUAGCUGAAAAGAUUCGACGACGAUCGUUCUAAAAUUUGUACGAGACGAUUCGAAACUAAAUGAAAUUGCCCGAUACCUCAGCGUGUGUACAAUACAACUUUGUAAAUCGUAAUUAUUAUUUGUGAUCCGCGCGCUCUCGAUCCACCUAAUCAUUUCGCGAACGACGUUACAUACGACGACGAUAGAAAUAAAAAGUACGUUUAAAAAGCAUCAAGCGGACCGGCAACGUCGAUCAAUCUAGUUUGACAUAACCAUUGAAGUUAGUUAUAAAGUGACCUCAAACAUUUCUUAAUUUUAAUUUCUGCGUAUUAACAUUGCGGACAACUUCUGCUGUCGUUACUCACAAUAUUCGCUUAGUGAUUGCCGUUUAAAUGUGCGCCAGUUGAAUAUACCGAAAUAAAUGUGACAGUGUAGAACUUUA